GCAAAGGAAUAUGCAACUAGAUGGUGGCUAUAAAAGGCCUCGAACUCUCUCUCAACAACCACAAUAACCUUAAAACACCUUGGGCCUAUCAGAACCUUAGCUAUGUCAUCUCCAAAAUUCCUCUCCACCCUUCUUCUGUUUCUAAUCCUUUCAUUUCUUCUUGCCUUGGCAUCAGCUUCACUUGCAUCCCAAGGGAGGGCCCUCCUCCAGUGGAAAGGCAGCCUCCAGAGCCAAGGAUCACUUGAAUCUUGGAACCUCGACACUAGUCCAUGCAACUGGACUGGAAUCGCAUGCAACAUCACACGUCGAGGCCGACAUGUGAUCACGGAGGUGAAUCUACCCCAUAUGGGUUUGGCAGGAACGCUGAAUGUUCUCAACUUCUCCCUCCUGUCAUCACUUACCAGUCUCAACCUCACGCUCAACAAGCUCUAUGGAAGCAUCCCUCCCACCAUAUCUGCUCUUUCGAAGCUCACCUCUCUUGAUCUCUGCAAUAAUAACUUCAUAGGGAUAAUUCCACUACAGCUCAGCUAUCUGACAAAGCUCAACUCCUUCAAUCUUAGCAACAAUCAGAUAAGCGGUUCCAUCCCACCUUGGCUAAGUAAUAUGACAAGGCUUAACUUCUUAUACCUAUCCGACAAUAACCUUUCAGGUAGCAUCCCUAAGGAAUUAGGAAAGCUUGGGAAUCUCUUGGAGUUGACAAUCUACACCAACCGUAUAACAGGUUCCAUCCCUUCCACUUUGGGAAAUUUAACCCGGCUUCAAUUAUUGGAUUGCUCCGACAACGAGUUAUCUAGCUCCAUUCCUUCUGAAAUAGGAAAUCUGGCGGAGUUAACUAUGCUAAAACUUGAACAAAAUAGUUUAGCAUAUUCCAUCCCCACCAACUUAGGAAAUUUAACCAAGCUUAAUCUUUUGUUCCUUUGGGAUAAUCAUCUCUCUGGAUCAAUUCCUCAUGAAAUAGGAAAUCUAGUGGAGUUAGCUAUGCUAGACCUCGAUACAAACAAUUUAACAGGUUCUAUCCCCAUCAGCUUAGGAAAUUUAACCAAGCUUGAAUUCUUGUACCUCGUUAAAAAUCAGAUCUCUGGACCAAUUCCUCAUGAAAUAGAAAAUCUAGUAGAGUUAAAUGAUUUAGUACUCUCACAAAACAAUUUAACUGGUUCCAUCCCCAGUUGGUUAGGAAAUUUAACCAAGCUUAAUACUAUGUACCUUUGGGGCAAUCAUCUCUCUGGACCCAUUCCUCAUGAACUAGGAAAUCUAGUGAAGUUAACUAUACUAGACCUCUCGAAAAACAAUUUAACGAGUUCAAUCCCCACCAGCUUAGGAAAUUUAACCAAGCUUGAACACUUGCACCUCCCUGAAAAUCAGAUCUCUGGACCAAUUCCUCAUGAAUUAGGAAACUUGAGGAAGCUUAAUUUUUUGGCAUUGCAAGUUAAUCAAAUCUCUGGCUCGAUCCCUCCAUCUCUUGGAAGCUUAACCAACCUUACAAAUUUGCUCUUAUUCAACAAUCGAUUAUCAGGCUCCUUGCCUCAAGAAUUUAACAAUAUUACAAAUUUGAAACUUCUCCAAUUAAUGAACAACAAUUUUUCUGGCCAUUUACCCCUUGACAUAUGCAAAGGAGGAGUUCUAUAUUAUCUUGUUUUGAGCAACAACAAUUUUGAAGGUCCUAUUCCCAAAAGCUUGAAAAACUGUACAAGCCUAAGCACCGUUCGACUUCAGCAUAACCAACUAUCCGGAGAUAUAUCUGAAAAUCUUGGAGUGUAUCCACAACUCUGGUACAUCGAUUUAAGCUUCAACAGACUGUCUGGUAAGCUCUCACCAAAUUGGGGAGGAUGUCAUAAUUUGUCACUCUUAAGAAUCUCCAACAAUGAAGUUACAGAAAACAUACCGGUAGAACUUGGAAAGUUGACUCGACUAGAACAGCUUGACCUUUCCUCCAACUAUCUAUCAGGAGAGAUUCCGAACGAUCUGAGCAAGUUAACUAAUCUAUAUAAUUUGACUUUGAGCAACAACCAACUUGUUGGAGAGGUAUAUCCAGAAUUCGGAGAACUAUCUAAUUUGCAGUUUCUUGAUCUGUCAGCAAAUCAACUAAGAGGAAGGGUACCAGAACAAUUAGGUAACUGCAUGAAACUUCAAUUGCUGAAGCUUGGAAACAAUCAUUUAAAUGGAAGCAUUCCCUUUCAACUUGGAAAUUUAGUAUACCUGCAAGACUUUCUGGAUCUAAGCCACAACUCAUUUACUGGAGAGAUACCAUCACAAUUUAGCAAACUGAAUAUGCUAGAAGCUCUGAAUCUAUCACACAAUGAGCUGACUGGUCCUGUUCCACCUUCUUUGAGUGAUAUGAUGAGCUUGUCAUUUGUAGACUUAUCAUACAAUGAAUUAAAAGGCCCACUUCCCAACUGCAGAAUUUUCCAGAUCGCUCCAGUGGAGUGGUUCGCCCACAACAAAGGCUUGUGUGGUUCAGUAAAAGGUUUGCCUUCAUGUGGCUCCCAUACAACUAGCAAAGAUGAUUCAAAUAAGCGCCACAAACUUGUCUUGUUAAUUACUGUUCCUAGUCUCUUAUUUCUAUUUGUUGUAUUUGCUUUGCUAAUUAUGAGAAGGAAGAAAUAUGCGACAAAUGAUGCAAGUAUUGAAGAAGGUGGAUUCUCUAUUUGGAACUUCAAUGGAGAAUAUGCAUACAAUGACAUCAUUCAAGCAACAGAGGAUUUUGAUGCCAAGUACUGCAUUGGCAGUGGAGCAUUUUCCAGUGUUUACAAAGCACUGCUGCCAAGCGGCAAGUUAGUAGCUGUGAAGAAAUUUCAUCCAUUAGAAAUUGAAAACUCACCAAGCAAGCAAACUUUUUGGAACGAAAUACGGGCACUUACCCAGAUCCAACAUCGGAAUAUUGUGAAGCUUUAUGGUUUUUGCUCCAAUGCUCGGCAUAAGCUUCUCGUUUGUGAAUACAUGGAGAGAGGCAGCUUGGCAAAUAUUCUCCGAAGUGAAGGUGUCACUGAAUUGGAUUGGUCUAAGAGAGUGGAUGCUGUAAAACAUAUUGCUCAUGCUCUAUCAUACAUGCACCAUGAUUGCGCUCCGCCAUUAGUGCACCGAGACAUAACAAGUAAUAAUAUUCUACUUGAUGCAGAAUAUAAGGCUUGUAUUUCGGACUUCAGUGUUGCUAGACUUUUAAAGCCUAAUUCAUCUAACUGGAGCAUGCUUGCAGGCACACGAGGAUAUUUGGCCCCAGAGCUUGCAUACACAAUGAGGGUUACUGAGAAAUGUGAUGUAUAUAGUUUUGGAGUAGUAGCACUUGAGAUUGUAAUGGGAAGGCAUCCAGGAGAUCUCAUCUCUACUUUAUCUUGUCCAGUCGGUGAAAACACCUUUCUGAAAGAUAUAUUAGACCCGCGACAACCACCUCCUACAACUCAAGCUGCAAAUGAGUUAUUUGCAGUAGUUAUGACAGCAUUUCAGUGUUUGGAUAACAACCCGCAUUCUCGUCCGACGAUGCAAAAUGUAUCUCAACAGCUAUCUACCAUCGGGGCACGACCAAACUCCCAACCUUUGGACAUGAUUAAGUUAUGUCACCUAAUUCAUGUCAAGAAUGAGGAAGCCUGUUGAGCCAGUUGAAAAUAUUCUGGUAGAAGGUGACAGGAGUGAGGAAAUACAGAGUUGGGGGCAAUCGAUAUUUGCAAAACAAGAAAGUGCAAUAUAUUCAGUCAAAAGAAACAAUCUUUGCCAGCUCGAUAUAUAUAUGGUUUUAUAUUUUUUCUAACAAAUUUAUUGGCCUGGUUUGUUUGUGACUACGGGAACAAAUUUCUCCAUAUUCUUCAUUGUAGGUCACUAUGCAGUCCAUCAUGUAUGCCUCUUCAUAUCGAGCAUUUGACAACUAUAUUAAA